UCAUCACGACGAUAAUGACAAGUUCAAUACCGGCUCGCACUGGAAACACUACUGGUGAAAGUGUGUAAGAUGAACGUUAGUAAUUUACGUUCUUCCUGCACGAUGAUACUGCUUGGUAUCUUGGUGUCGACGACGAUAAUCGGACUCACAAGUUCCGCUCCUCUGUCGUCGUACGAAAGAAGGGACGUGUCAGACGAGCAUCCCAAAUUUUUCCUGUUGAUCGAUCAAAGAAUACCAGAAUUGGAGGACGAGAUGCUGAAUUCGGAGAACGAUCUUGGGCCAGACGUGAUGCGCACCAAGAGAAUCGGAUCUCUGUCAAUCGUGAAUAAUUUGGACGUGCUGAGGCAGAGAGUUCUGCUGGAGCUGGCUCGCAGAAAGGCAUUACAAGAUCAACGUCAGGUUGAAGAGAAUCGUCGUUUCCUCGAGAGUGUCGGCAAGAGAUCGGUAUCGAACGCCGAUAGAAUCGUGAGAUCUAGCAUGAAAAAUAACGGACGGUCCGCAGCAUCCGACAGAAACGAAUGGACCGAAGAGAACAAUCCCUUGUUCCGCGAAUCGCAAGACGACCGAACGGUACAGGCUAAUGAGCUUCGUCUGCUGUAAUCGCACCUUGGCAUGCGAAGAAGAACUUCAGAAGGACCGAUAUAUCUUAGCUUUACUAUAUGCGAUUUUUAAUCAAUCGUCAUCUAUUAAGUUAUUUUGUCGACUGUCUUUCUUCCGCUUGCCUAUCCUCAUUUAGAAUUCCGUCAGCCGUGGCUGGCAAUAUAAAUGUUAAAAAUUGCUGAAUUUUACAAUCGACAACAAAUGCGGGCUUGCUGCUAUCCCUCUCUUUCUCUUUAAUGAAUCGAGAAAUGUUUCGCACAGUAUUCACUCCCCUUUUCGGUUCUUCGUUAAUUUUAGUGUGUUUAUUUAUUUUAGUUAGGUAAUAAAUCAAUGUAACAACCCUGUGUCACGGAAGCUGGCAGAAAUGGGAAUCGAGAUUGUGCAUCGUUCGGAGAUGCGAUUGAUUCAAUGCACGACAGAUUCGACUGGCGCGCAUAACGUUCCAAAGAUACGUACAAAGAUCUGAGCUUUACGUAAAGCUUUACUUCCGUCUUCUUCCGCAUUCAAUCCUCUUCGGAGACGAAGAAAGGCGUAACGAAGCAGUAUUAUAUAUUGUGAUCUCAUUUAAGAUAUAUCUUUUGCUUUUCGCAGAGAAUACCCGACACCUGAUCCUGUAGAGCGUGUAUUUUAAUUCUCGCGUCUCCACUGCGCUUUUAUCGAUAUUCCUAGAGGAUGAUGUAACGAAUACACGAGUCGGUUGCACUUACAAUUUCACUCUCGCCAACUAUAAAUGUACAAAUACCUUGUUGUAUUGAUAGUUAUCGCUUCUCGCGUACACCGACGUCGAUCGUCGGAUGAGAGACACUCAUAUGUGUGUACCUGCAGUCUGCAAUUCUGAAGGAAAUCUAUUUUCUGUAUAGUAUGCACUAAAGAGACUAAUCCACAAAUGUAAGGAAAUUGAAAAAAACUUGUAAAAGGGUUCGGAGAUCAGAUAUACUGUUAAUAUUGUAUAAGAAAGACUAUUAUA